GUGAUGCAGCAGAUAACUCUUGUAUCGCCAUAAACAAAAUGGUCAAGUUUCAUUAUCCAAACGCUAGACGAGAUGAAUCGGUCUCAGAAGAUUUUCACGGAACGAAGGUAGUCGAUGCUUAUCGGUGGUUGGAGGACCCUGAUGCUGAAGAAACGAAGGAGUUUGUUGACAAACAGAAUGAACUUUCCCGUCCAUUUCUUGAUGCCUGUCCCAUAAAAGAAAAACUCAAGAACAGGAUAACUGAACUGUGGGACUAUCCAAAGUAUUCCUGCCCUGGUCGUCAUGGUGACUAUUUCUACUACUACUACAACACAGGUUUACAAAAUCAAAGUGUUUUGUACGUACAGAAGGGUUUGGAUGCCAAGCCGUCUGUGUUUCUGGACCCAAACGAGCUGUCACCAGACGGAACAAUCUCAAUUUGCGGGACGGCUUUCUCCGAGAACGAGGAAAUGUUUGCCUACAGUUUAAGCAGCAGUGGAUCUGACUGGGUGGAGAUCAAGUUUAAAAAGUCUCCGUCUGGUGACGACCUCCCAGACAAGCUAGAGAAGGUGAAGUUUACGAGUAUCGCGUGGACACACGAUCACAAGGGAAUUUUCUAUAAUCGCUAUCCUGAAGAAGAGGGUAAACAGGAUGGGACAGAAACCACGUCCAACCUACACCACAAACUGUACUAUCACCGAAUCGGGACGGCCCAGACUGAUGACGUGCUGGUGGCAGAGUUCACAGACAAUCCCAAGUGGAUGAUUGGUGCAGAAGUGAGCGACUGUGGUCGUUAUUUAAUUCUUUCAAUUCGCGAGAGUUGCAAGCCAGUCAACCAACUGUUUUAUGUCGAUCUCGAGUCACUGCCUAAAGGCAUCAAUGGUUUGUUGUCAUAUGUCACGGUAGUCGAUAAUUUCGAUGCAGAGUAUGAGUAUAUAGCGAACAAUGGUACUGUAUUCACCUUCAAGACAAACCUAGAUGCUCCGUUGUACAAGCUCAUAACCAUUGACUUCGCAGACCCAGAUAAGAGUAAAUGGAAAACUGUGGUACCUGAAGACAAAACAUCUGUGCUGGAGUGGGCAGCUGUUGUCAAUGACAACAAACUCAUUCUCUGCUAUCUCAAAGAUGUGAAGAAUGAGCUCUUUGUGCAUGACCUGGUGACUGGUGAGAGGAAAUCGCAGCUACGUCUUGAUGUCGGCUCAGUUGUUGGAUAUUCAGGAAAAAGAAAACAUAAAGAGAUAUUUUACAAGUUCAUGUCCUUUCUAACACCAGGCAUAAUAUACAGAUGUGAUAUGACUUCUGAUACCUACGAAUCAAAGGUGUUUCGUGAAAUCCACGUGAAAGAUUUUGACAUCGGCCAGUUUGAAACGAAACAGGUGUUUUACACCAGCAAGGACGACACCAAAGUGCCUAUGUUUAUUGUGCAAAGGAAGGAUCUUCAACUGAACGGCAGUCACCCGGUGAUGUUGUACGGGUACGGAGGGUUCAACAUUUCCCUGACACCAUCUUUCUCGCCAUCACGACUCGUCUUUCUGCAACAUCUAGGGGGAGUCUACGCCCUCCCCAACAUACGCGGUGGGGGGGAAUACGGGGAGACAUGGCACAAGGGCGGAUGUUUGGCGAACAAACAGAACUGUUUUGAUGAUUUCCAGAGAGCGGCCGAAUAUCUCAUUGAAAACAAGUACACCUCACCUUCAAAGAUCAUCAUCAAUGGCGGAUCUAACGGAGGCCUGUUGGUUGGAGCGUGCAUCAAUCAGCGACCGGAUCUCUUCGGAUGUGCCAUCGCACAAGUGGGUGUGCUGGACAUGAUGAGAUUUCACAAGUUUACUAUCGGCCAUGCCUGGACAUCGGAUUACGGUUGUUCCGACAAACCAGAAGAAUUCCAGUGGCAAAUCAAGUAUUCCCCACUACACAAUGUCAAAGAGAAGGAUUCCCAGUACCCAGCCGUGCUGUUGCUCACUGGUGACCACGAUGACAGAGUUGUCCCCCUUCAUUCCUUAAAAUUCAUGGCCGAGUUGCAGCAUGUUCUUGGCAAGAGUAAAACACAGACCAACCCACUCAUGUUACGAGUGGACACAAAGGCAGGACAUGGGGCUGGAAAACCCACAGCCAAAAUUAUAGAAGAACUGACUGAUAUCUACAGUUUCAUCUAUCAAACUGUCGGGCUGGAGUGGAAGGACAAACUUUAACCCUUGACCUUGAUACACGGAGAAUUAUGUUUUCUUCAAAAUCCAUCACAUUGCAUGGAUUCUUUAGGAUUAUAUACCUAUUUAUAUAUGACAUUGAUACUUCAGCAACACAUUUGAACUAGAUAGUAUGUCUGCAGUGUAAGGCUUGCACUUAAUGGUACAGCAAGAAAUUAAUGGCGCAGACCCUAGUUUCAACCCGUACAAAUGGACACUAAGUUUAGUUAAUCUACAAACCUGUACCACACUUGGAUAAAGUUACAAGAGAGUGAAACAAGAGUCUGUGAAGUUGAAACGGUGAAAUACUAUUAAAAUCAACUAAAACUCAAACCCUAUAACUGUUAUUUCUUAGACGUACAUGCGUUUUUAAAAAUAUGAAAAAUGCAUUUUGUGGUAUUAGAAACACCAGGAUGACAAGAAACAUUUCGGUUGGACGUAAAUGGAUAAUUUAUUUACUUAAAAUAUAAGUAAUGUUUGAUUUCAGUGAUCUUAAACGGCUCUAACGGUGAAAUAUAUGCCUUGGUGUUUAAAAACUAGGGACUGCCCCUAUAAUCAAAAUAUCAGGUCACAUAUUUUCGAAGCCAUCUUCGUGCUAUGAUAUUAUAAUAGUCUUAACUUAUCUUUUCCUAUUUCUGGGAUGUAUAAAUGAAUGAAUAACAGAAGUCACAAGGUGACUUUUAGGUUGUUAUUUCUAAGUUAUGAGUAUGAAACACAACUCCUGGGCCCAUAUUGUCAUAGUUAUCUUAGUGCUACGAACUCGUAAAACCAUCGUAGGCUGUUAUAUCACUACAGCAGACUAUGACGCCAUAGUGAUGUCAUAGCUUACGAUGGUUUUACAAUUUCAUAGCGCUAAGAUAGCUUAGAAAAUAUGGCCUUGGGGCCCCGUUCCACGAAGCGAUCUUAGCGUUAAGAUUACCUUAAAUACAUACCUAUCUUACACACUUAAGGUGAUCUUAGCGCUAAGAUCGCUUCGUGAAACAGGGCCCUAGUUAUAGUAAUAUCACACUCGGAUCUUGCAGCAGUAAUGUGUCGGAGAAGUUUAAGGCGUGUGAUCAGAACCUGUUCUCCCCAUGUCUCAUGUCUAUGAGUAAAGGGUCGUUAUUUCUUGCCCACUGGACUGAAUUGGCCAACUGUUUCAUGGUGCUAGUUAAGCCUGUCUAGCACCCCGGUGCUGGAUGAUUUCUACAUACGCAUGACGUCACAACUGAUGUUUUACCACGAUUGAGGUCAUAACUAUGUGAUAUAUAUAUAUAUAUAUAUAUAUGGGGUUGUCGUCCCCCCCAAUAUGGAUUGCACCCCCAAUAUAAAUCCUGGCUAUGCCACUGCCCGGAUGAAAUCUAAAGCUCAUGAGUUUUAUGUAGUUGUCAUGAUAUACCGAUUAUAACAUUCAGCAAUAAAGGUAGUAAGAUAGCUUCGAAAAUAUGGAGGUAGUACUGCUGUAAGAAAGAAAAAACAACAACACCAGUACCGCAGCAAAACAUUGGAGGAAACUUUUACAAUGUAAAAAAGAAGGUAUAAAUACUGAUUUCAGCUACAAUGUGUUUGUGUGUUUGUUUACUUGCCAGUACUGCAGCAAAACAUUAAAGGAAACUUACAAUGUAAAAGAGAAAGAAUAAAUACGGAUUUCAGCUAUACCGUGUUUUGCGUGUGUUUGUUUACUUAACAAUACUGCAGCAAAUAAUGAGCUAAAUGUCAAAUUACAGCAAAUAUGUGAACACAAAAUACUUCUACUGCAAUUUUAUGUUUGUUUUAUGAAUUUGUAUACUGCAUCAGAAUCUUAACAGAGAAUGAAUUGUAGCUUUCCUGUAUGAAAAAUAAAUAAAACGAAUACUAAAU